AUGAACAGUGGAAACAGAAGAGCCCUUACGGGUUCUAUACAUAAGAUUAGAGAAUUUGAACUAGAGAAAGUAUGUUUAGUUGAAGAAUUCGAUAUACUACAAAUAGUCGGUGAAGGAUGGUUUGGAAAAAUACUUUUAGUGGAACACAGAGCCUCGGACACAGAGAUCGUUCUGAAAGCCCUUCCAAAACCCUACGUAUCUAUAAGAGAUUUUUACAGAGAAUUCCAUUACAGCUUACAUUUAAGUGCCAACAGAAACAUCGUCACAACAUUCGAUGUUGCAUUCGAGACUGCUGGAUUUUAUGUAUUCUGCCAAGAGUACGCCCCUUUAGGUGAUUUAACAUCAAACAUGCUAGAUACAGGGAUUGGAGAUAUCCAUACGAAACGAGUGGCGAAACAGUUAGCUGCCGCUUUAGAACAUUUGCAUCAAAGAGAUCUUGUGCAUAGAGAUGUUAAAUUGGACAAUAUAUUAAUAUUCAAAUCAGAUUUUUCAAGAAUAAAACUCUGUGAUUUUGGUGAGACUAGAAAAGUACAAUCUGUUGUAAGAAGACGAAAUGAAUGGCUUCCCUACUCGCCACCUGAAAUAUUACAGUUAUCUAUGGACAGUACUUACAAAGCGCUAAUAAGCCAUGAUAUAUGGCAAUUCGGUAUUGUUAUAUUUAUUUGUCUAACCGGUUGCUUGCCCUGGCAGAAGGCUGCUUUCGAUGAUCCCAGAUAUUUUAGCUAUUACAAUUGGUACAACAGUUCGAAUCCACUUAAAAGACAACCAAAAUUGUGGAAAAUGGUAUCCUCAAAAGCCCAAAAAUUAUUCAAAAAAUUUAUUGAACCGAGAGUAGAAAAAAGGGCUACUAAUUUCGCUGAAUUAUCAAGGUAUAAUUGUGAUAGGUGGGUGGCCAAAGCGUAUUCGGAUCGAGUUGCUGGCGGAGAUGUUGACGAACUCUGUCCUUCAAUGUACAGUUUUCAUAGUGAUCCAAAUGAAAAAAAUAUCCUACUGAAACAUUUUAGAGAUCACGGUAUAGAAACCACAGUAGAUCGUCAGGCAAAGAAACAAAGGAUAAGAGAAUGGAUUCAGAACAGUGUUAUAGAGGAAGCCGACGAAGACGUGGAAAGUUCACACGAACCUAGUGUUUGCGAAGACAGUGAUGUAGAAUUAGAAGACCGAUCACGGCCCCAUCCUAUUGACGAAAGCCACAAGGUUACUCUUCGCUAUGACACAGAGAAGCAUAUUAAUCCCAGGACAGGAGAAAUUAUUGAAGGUGUUUCUCGGUCAAAUAACAAAAAUCAACUUUCUUAUGACGUACAAAACAUAGAGCCCGUGGCACCCGCAAACAUUGUUAGAAAAUAUGGAACAAAAGAAGAAUCAUCUUCACAUAGUUCUGCUAAAGACAGUGCUUAUGGCUCUAUAGAACAGAGCUAUUCCAAGAAUUCCGCUGUUAAAUCUGAAACUAAACAGCUAUCGCAAACCGAUAAAAUGUCUAACAGCUCUCCCAGUAGAAGCGUGUCAUCUCUUCAACUAAGCAAAACUCCAUUAUCAACCCAUGUCCAAAGGUUUCAAAAAAGUGAAGAAGUGUUUGCGGAAGAAAUGAAAGGUAUGAUGGGUAGUACAACAACAAUUAAUUCUGGAGAUAACUCGUCAAGGUCAAACAGUUUUCAAGUAACAAGAAAUAGUUCGCUUGAGAGUGCUUCAAAUAUUAGCGAUAGUCAAAUUGAAAACGAAACUGAAAACAUAGUAAAAAACAAUAAUCCUGUUUCAAGUCAGACAAAUUCUUUUAAUUGUGAAAAUAAUGAAGAAAGUAAAGGAUCUGAACAAACUCAACCAUAUGUUUCUAUGAAAAAAUCAAUUUAUGAAACAGCUAAUAAUAGAAAGGAAUCAAAUAAUGCCCGGAAAUCAGAAAACAAUGUGGAUUACAGUCAAACAGAAAGUCCUUAUACUUCAAUGUUAAAUAUAGUACAAGGACAAAUAAAAAUAGCUCCAUACGCCAAAGAAACAAAUGAAAAUGUUAUAAAAGUUUCAGUUACUCAAUAUAGCCAACGUAAAACCCAAAAGUGA